AUGGCGUCUGUACUUGCAGAGGCUGUUGUUGGAAAAGUCUGUGAAAUAGCCAUUCAACAAGCAGCUAAUGAGGUAAGCAUAGUUUUGAACUUCACAGAAGACUUUGAAUGGUUGAAGAACCAAAUAGAGCAAAUCAAUUAUUUUCUCAGUGAAGCUGAUGAGAAGAGCAGUAGACAAAAGGAGUCUGUGAAAAAAUGGCUUCAGAGAGUUCGCGAUGUUGCCUGGGAGGCAGAGUACAUACUUCAAAUAUGUGCUGUGGAUUCUAUGUAUGCUACUCAGCCUCAAUUUUGCGCUUUGAGUUGUAAUCAAUUGAUUCUUCGCCAUCAAAUGGGCAGAAGAAUUCAAAAUGUCAAAGCCCAAAUGAGCUGUGUUAUUGUAGAUGGAAACCAAUUGAAUAUAGGUCAUACUGUGGUGUCUCACAUAGAAGAAGAGGAAUCGUCAAGUAGAUUCCAGAGACGACAAUUUAAGAGACUAAGUCUCCUGCCCAGCGAUUCGAAACCAGUGGGGAUACAGCCCAAGAUUAAAAGUAUGGUGAAUUUGCUGGCAAACCCUAAAUUCCCAAUUAUUGCAGUGGUUGGAAUCGGGGGAAUGGGCAAGACCUAUCUUCUUCAGCAUGUCUACAACAUCGAAAAGGGAAGGUAUGAUCUAUCCGCAUGGCUUUCAAAUUCUCAGAUCUUUUCUGCUUCCAAGUUGCUCAGUGAUUUAGCCUUCCAACUAGAUAAAGAUUUAAGGAAGGAAAUUAUGGAAGGUGGAGUAAGUAAAGAGGUCGCAGCAGAGUCAAUUCAUAGCUUUUAUCCAAGGGAAGAGGUGUCUUAUUGUUUUAGAUGA